AUGACCGUGCGAGAUGCCUUGAAUAGCGCUUUGAAAGAGGAGUUAGAGCGCGAUAAGUCAGUGUUUAUUCUUGGCGAAGAAGUUGCUCAAUACGACGGUGCAUACAAAGUCACAAAAAAUUUGUGGAAAACUUUUGGUGACGACCGGGUUAUUGAUACACCAAUUACCGAGAUGGGAUUUGCCGGUAUUGCCGUUGGCGCCGCCAUGGCUGGUGCGAAGCCCAUCUGCGAAUUCAUGACAUUUAAUUUCGCCAUGCAAGCAAUUGAUCAAAUUAUCAAUUCCGCCGCCAAGACUCACUACAUGUCAGCGGGAAAGGUCAGCGUUCCUGUCGUUUUUCGUGGACCAAAUGGUGCCGCAUCCGGCGUUGCUGCACAACACAGUCAGGAUUACGCCCCUUGGUACGCAGGCUGCCCUGGUCUCAAAGUCCUUUCCCCAUACAGCAGUGAGGAUGCUCGAGGCUUGCUAAAAACAGCCGUCCGUGACCCCGAUCCAGUCGUCAUUCUGGAGAACGAACUCAUGUAUUCCGUUCCCUUCGACGUCUCCGACGAGGCGAUGUCUCCUGACUUCCUUAUACCAAUAGGAAAAGCCAAAAUCGAGAGAGAGGGUACUGAUAUCACCAUUGUCUCGUAUUCCAUCAGCGUGGGUGACUGUCUACAAGCUGCCGAUGAGCUCGCUAAAAUGGGCGUCAGCGCAGAGGUUAUAAAUAUGCGCAGCCUACGGCCAAUAGAUGACGAAACAAUCUUAAAUUCAGUUAAGAAGACCCAUCGACUUGUCACCGUCGAUCGUGCCUGGCCCUCAUGCGGCAUCGGUGCUGAACUCUGUGCCCGUGUGAUGGAAAGUGACGCUUUCCACUAUCUUGACGCCCCUGUUUAUCGCGUGACUGGAGCUGAUGUACCCAUGCCAUACGCUGCAAAUCUCGAGCACGCUUGUCUUUCUAAUGCCUCUAAUGUAGUUACCACAGUCAAACGCCUCCUCAACAUUAAGUGA